GCACUCGCGGUCAGUCUUCUGACAACGAUGAACAUUCGGUGAUACCGCAGUCAUACGAGCAGUUACGUCGAAAAAUUCAACGGAUACCGCGGAUAUCGCGAUACGUCAAGAGUUCAACCUCCCACCCACCCCCUCCCAUCAAUUAGGGGCACGUGGAGAAAACAUUGAAGCAAUUAUUCUUCACAUUUUUACGUCGACAACAACGAUUUUCUUCAGGAGAUUGAGGGAAAUCGAAGAAUGAUGGUUCCAACAGAGAGAGCCCUCCAUGAAGCCAUUCAGGUCGCCCCCCUGGAUCUCCCAGAUGAUGUCAAACGGCAAAAGAUUGAGAAUUUGCUGGCGCAGAUGAGACUCUCUGGUGCUACAGCGAGAAAAAUUCAGGAUAUAUUUUUAUCGGAAAUGAAUAAAGGCAUUCAUCAGCAGGAUUCGUCAUUGCAGAUGGAGAAUACGUAUAUUCCUGAAUUACCUGAUGGAACAGAGGAGGGUUUAUUCCUGGCACUCGACCUGGGAGGUACCAAUUUUCGCGUCCUCUUAUUGGAGUUAGUUAAUGGAGUAGUGGUACGAGAGGAUGUCAAGAAAUAUCAUAUAGGAGCUCAUUUGAGGGUGGGGUCUGGAAUUCCCCUGUUCGAGUAUCUAGCCGAAUGCGUCAGCAAUUUCGUGAUUAGCGAGGGUCUCCAGGACGUCGAGCUUCCUCUAGGUUUCACCUUCUCCUUUCCAAUGAUCCAGCACUCGUUGGACGUUGGUAUUCUCGUAACUUGGACCAAGAGUUUUAAUUGUCCCGAUGUUGUUGGUAAGGAUUGCGUGGCACUUCUGGAGGAAGCGCUGGAACGACGUGGAGACACUAGAGUCAAAGUUGUCGCUGUAUUGAACGAUACAACAGGCACAUUGCUACAAGGAGCAACUCAGGAUCCUCACACAGCUAUGGGGCUUAUCCUAGGGACUGGCAGCAAUGCCUGUUAUCUAGAGAGAGCUGAUAAGGUCGAGCACUGGGAGCCUGAACGACAUGGAGAACGCGAGGUGAUCAUUGAUGUCGAGUGGGGGGCAUUUGGAGAUAAUGGAGUCCUAGAUUUCAUAAAAACCGAUUUCGAUCGGCAGAAUGAUGCCAACUCACUGCUCGUCAGCUCAUUCACAUUCGAAAAAUACAUCAGUGGAAAAUAUCUAGGGGAAAUUGUCCGGUGUAUUCUCAUAAAAUUGUCAAAAGACGGUUUAUUAUUCGCACGAGGAACUCCCGAAUCUCUUCUCGUCUCCGGAUGUUUCCUGACAGAUUACAUUUCCCUAAUUGAACAGUAAAUAUUCAUUCACUAC